GACCACGUGCAUCCGUUGACAGACGCACCCGGAAGAUGUUGGAUUCAGAGCAUCAGCUAACUCGGCUUUAGCAUCAGUGAAAUUAUUUUCAAUGACUGUCCAACGGAAGUUUUUUAUUAUUAUUUCUUGACGCUUCGUUGAUGUUUCCACCAGCAUAAGGAACAAUCGAGUCGGUUUUAUUUUCUGUCUCAAAAUCGAUAUGGUUAAGAUUGCACAUUUCACGGCCAAUAACCUAGCUAGAGGGAAUCUCAGCAGCCAGCAGCAGCACUGAGCUAAGAGUCAAAGAAAGUCGAACUAGCGUGGCAUUUCCAGCAUCACAUCACCGUGUAAACGUGUUUGGAAAGAUGAUACUUUGAAUGGAACCUUACUAAGUUUUUGCAUGUUGAGGCACGAAAAAAGGACAAAGAAAGGGUGCCAUCAUGGCUGGUGUGUCGCUUGGCAGCAAGAAGUUGCUGAGAAAUGUCAUCCGCCACACAGACAUUCACAACAAGAUCGUGGAACAGGAGGACAUGUGGAAGCUAAGGGGCCUGGAGAAAACCGUAUUGCAGUCCCACGCCUUCUCCAGGGGCCUGGUGGACAAAACAGCACGACAGUCGCACUCAUCCAGCCACAGAGACAGACCACCAGCCUCCUCCACCCGGGGCUACAUGCACUGCGACCGGUAUGAGGACGACAGGCACGACAGGGGAUCGCGCCUCUCCGACAGAGACGACAGGGAUGCACGCUAUUGGUCCAAGAAGCUCUAUGAGUUUGAGGCCAACGAUCCAGACAGAUGGGGCCACAGUGGAUUCAAAGAGCUCUAUCCAGAGGAGUUUAAAACUGACGGUGACAGCAGUGGUGAUGGGGACACGCGGCGGCAUCGCAGGAGGAGGAGGAGGAGCAGUGAGAGAGACGCGGCGCGCCGGAAGCACUCCAAGAAGACCUCCCCCUCCUCCUCCCCCUCCAAGAAGAGGAAGAGGAGGAAGGAGAAGGAGAAGAAGAAGAAGAAAAAGCGAAAAGCAGACGACUCCUCCAGCUCCGACUCUGCCGACACGGACGGAGAGAUGCGGCGGAAAAGACGCAAAGAGGAGGAGAAGAGAAAGGUGCGUCGGAAAAAGGCGGAGCGAAGGAGAAGAGAGGAGGACGAGGAGGAGAAUAGCAGCUCAGAAGAUAGUGACUCUGAGGAAGAGAGGGAGAGGAAGAGUAGACGGAGGAAAAGACACAGGCGGGACUCUGGCUCCCGUGACAAGGAGGCAUCACGGAAAAAGAGGAAAAAUUGGAAGACUGCGGACGAGGAGAAAUCUGACGAAAGUUCAGAAGACUAAAGAUCUGUUCACACGGAACACUUGUAAGGACACAAAACAGUCACGAAAUGAGAGAGAGAAGAGCUGCAGCAGUAUUAAUCAGUCUGUACACGUCAGGUUCACAUCAACAGUGCAAGUCAUGGUCCAGUUUCCAAACACACUGAAUGCAACAACAUGGCAGGUUUCAGAACUUUGCUUGCUGUUUCAUUGCCUGUUUUUGGUUUAAACUGGCUUAAACAUACUACACACACUACCACCAUCACCACCACCACCUAUGUCCCAGCUCACAGACAUGUUGUAAAAUAUUUACGUGUAGCACCUGAUGACUUAAGCAGCUGUGUACCUAGGCACGUUUCCUCCUCAGGGACACGGACACACACACACACACACACACACACGCACCUCAUGUCUCCAUUAUGGCAGUCGGGGUCACCCAGUUUUUAUACUUUUUUUUUUUUUUUUAAACUUUUUUGUAAAAAAAACAAAAAGAUUUUGGUUAAUGUUUUUCUAACUUAUUCAUAUGCUAGUGAUAAACCAUGAACAAAGCAGAAAAGACCUGAGAGAUCCUACCUCCAGCAUGCUAAUGAUGGUUUUUAAGUUAAACAAUCUGUUUAAAAGUGUUUCUUUGCUGUUGCAAUCAAACCGAUAAAAGGACAAUAAAUCACUGCAUAUUUUUAAGAA